GGGCACUUCUACCCCCUUCCUGCCUACCGGGCACCUCUACCCCUUCCUGCCUACCGGGCACUUCUACCCCUUCCUGCCUACCGGGCACUUCUACCCCUUCCUGCCUACCAGGACACUUCUACCCCCUUCCUGCCUACGGGCACCUCUACCCCUUCCUGCCUACCGGGUACUUCUACCCCCUUCCUGCCUACCGGGCACUUCUACCCCCUUCCUGCCUACCGGGUACUUCCACCCCCUUCCUGCCUACAGGGCACUUCUACCCCCUUCCUGCCUACAGGGCACUUCUACCCCCUUCCUGCCUACAGGACACUUCUACCCCCUUCCUGCCUACCGGGCACUUCUACCCCCUUCCUGCCUACAGGGCACUUCUACCCCCUUCCUGCCUACAGGGCACUUCUACCCCUUCCUGCCUACAGGGCACUUCUACCCCCUUCCUGCCUACAGGGCACUUCUACCCCCUUCCUGCCUACAGGGCACUUCUACCCCCUUCCUGCCUACAGGGCACUUCUACCCCCUUCCUGCCUACAGGGCACU